AUGCCGACACCGAGGACGACGAAGACGCGGCUCACCACGAGCUGUCCGGGGUCCGUGGCCGACGCCUUGACCACCGAGGAAGAGGCAGCGUGGGCCAACGGUGGAGUAGCUGCGCGCGUUCGCCGCGAGGCCUCAUGUGCGACGCGCGUGCGGAGACGCGGCGGGCUCCCCGACGCGGUUCAGGCGGACGGCGCGGCGAGCUCUUGGGCUCAUCUCCAGGUGUGCGGCGUGACAGGCUGCGGCGAGGUUCCAGGCGAGCAGCGCGGCAAGCUCGCCGCCGCGACGAGCUCUAGGCGGUCGGCCGGGCGACGGGCUGCAGGGAGCGGCGCGGUGGCGCAGGCCCCAGGCCAUGGCGGGCCGGACCCACCCUCCUGCGCGGAGGCGCGGUGGCCCUGGUCCCCAGUCAUGGUAGCGCGAGGCGCCCUCGGCCACCGGCGCGGCGGCGACAUGGCCCAAGUGCGGCUGCGCAUGCAGCAGGCAGAUUUUAUUCCUCCACAACUAGCAUAA